AUGCCUUCACGAGGGACGGGGAAGGCCUCGGCUGCACAAGCCGACUCAAGAAGAUCAAGUGCCCUGGCGAGCAUCCAACUUGCUCGAAAUGCCAUGCGUCAAGACGAGAUUGCCACUACUCUCUACAGAAGCCCAUGGGGAGACCCAGAAGCGCGCGUCAACCCAAUCGUCGAAGGCGGCUGA